AUGGACGCAAAGUCAAGUGUCUGUUCAACGCCACAAGAAGCGGCCGCUGUGUUUGUGGACCGAUACUAUUUGGUGCUCCGUGAUUCCCCGGAAGAGAUUCACAAGUUUUAUAAUGAUUCAAGCAUGGUUAGCCGCCCGGGACCUGAUGAUAUCAUGGCCACCUUCACAACCAUUCAACAUAUUAAGAAACAUCUUCUUUCCUCCUUUGGUUGCAAGCAAUUUCAUAUUGUUUCCUGUGAUUCUCAAUUGGCGGCAAAUCAGGGUGUCUUUGUCGUGGUUACCGGUUCUUUCACUACAAACAUUGAACAGAUCAUCAAGUUUAAUCAAUCCUUCAUCCUCUCACCCAUGGAAACAACAGUUCAUGACUAUUUUAUCUCCAAUGAUAUUUUGAAAUUUCUUGAUGACAAAGAAUGGAUAACUCCAAAUGUCUCGACUUCGAGUUCAACCACCGAUCUUUUUCUUGAGGAGGAUUUUUCGACAAGCGAUGUUUCAAAGGCUGGUUCGAGUUUAUCAAGUCAUGAUAUUCCUGCUGUUUCAAGUUCAGUACAGGAGGAUACGCCAGCUAUUUAUGUCGAAGAUGUUUCAAGUGUUGUUUGGAGUCCACAUCAAGAUGUGCCAACUGUUGAAGAUGUUUCCAUUGUUGUUCAAAGUGAUGUGUCAACUCUUCCCGUUGCAGAUGAUUCAACCACUGUUUCUAGUCUAGCACAACAUGAUGAGCCGAUUUUGAAUGAAAACGAUGCCCAGUUCAAGCCGCCGCCAAUCAGAAAAUCUGUCAGAGUAUUACAAGAGCCGAAGAAAAGUGGACUUGAAGGAGAGAAUAAGAAUAUGAACACUGGGAAUGUUAAAGCUGGUGGAACAUCUAUAUUCGUUGGGAACUUAGCUACCGGUUCAAAACCUGAACAACUUCACGAAGCUUUCAAGAGAUUUGGACCAAUUAAAUCCAAUGGUGUUCAAAUUAAACUUGAUAGGUUAUACAGAUCAUAUGCUUUCGUUCAAUUCGAGUCUUCACGUUCUGCAAAAGCCGCUGUUCAAGCUUCAUUCAUUAAAAUUGGCAACCGAAAGUUAAAUAUCAAAGAGAAGCACAGUUAUUAA